GUUUUUUGGUGGUCUGAGCAACACUUGUAUUCUUUUGUUGUCGGACUGCAUUUGUAAAAAUGUCUUUUGGAUUUUGUGUGAGAGUGCUUGUGCUUUCGCUAUUGACUUUUGGCCAGCAUGCCCAGGCACUCAGCUACAGAAGUGGAGGCUCCAACGAAGUUAAACCUUACUUUGGUUUUGAAAGAAGCCUCAAACCUGCUUCAUCUGAGAACCUGAAGCCAGCUACUGCACCGCGUGCAGGCAGCGAUCGUGGUUAUGGUAGGCUAGUAGAUGGAUACAGUCAAGAAGGAAGUGUUUCUAGUUACAGGCCUGGCCCCCCGAUCAUUCAGAAACCCAGACAACAAACCCAGCAGCCGCUUCUAACUAACUCCAAUGCAGGAGUCCUGACGAAAGCUGAAAGUCCAAAGACUGGAGACCCGAUGUCGGGCAUCGCAUCAAGUUAUGGUAUUAUGAUGUAUGCUUCGCCCCAAUCUGAGUCCACUUGGCAGCCCAAGCCCCCGCAGCAGUUGUACCAAAAGAAGUCCCAGCAGACCUCCUACCCAGACUACCCAUUUAAGCCCCAGGAACCCACCAGCAUGCUGAGGCCCCAGCAACGUGCCUACCCAUCUAAGCUCCAUGAAACCUCUGACCCAGUUAGGCCGCAGCAACGUGCCUACCCAGACUACCUAGCCAAGCCCCAGGAACCCGCCAGCAUGGUGAGGCCCCAGCAACGUGCCUACCCCGCCUACCCAUCUAAGCCCCAGCAACCAGCUGACCUGGUUAGGCCCCAGCCACGUGCCUACCCAUCUAAGCUCCAGGAAACCUCCGACCUGGUAAGGCCCCAGCCACGCGCCUACCCAGACUACCCAUCUGGGCCCCAGCAACCCGCCGACACAGUUAGGCCCCAGCAACACGCCUUCCAAGACUACCGAUCCAAGCUACAGAAAGCUGCCAACCCGGUUGGACCCCAGCAACGUGCCUACCCAGACAACUCUGGCAUGUUUCCUUAUCAGGGAGGUGUUUCUUCUGGCUCUAAACCCACCGACUCAAACCCAAAACUGAAUCUUCUGCCAAGAAGUUCAAUGGCAUCCCCAGACCAUCCUAGGUGGCAGCAGCUCCUAAUACCUGUACCUGUGCACAACAGAUAUCAUUAACCUUUUGGUAUCCUGAUGUUCCUGACUUUCUUUCUGGAAGCUGUCUGGGUUUUUUCCCCCAAUAAAAGUACUGAAAC